AUGCUAUUUGAAAAUGCAGGCUUUGGCAAGAUCUUAACCAUUUGUGAACUAAACGUGACUGAACAUGCAUCAUUCACAACACUGUACAUUUUAAUUACUCAAUUAUCUAAAGCAAGUUUAUACGGUGUACUUAACAUUUUUACGGUCGAUUUUGUCCACGAAAAUUUACAACCGUCAUCAGAAAAUCAAAUGUCAUCCAAUUCAUCCACGAUAUUCCAUAUACGUUUACCGGAUUUGUCCACAAUGGAACAUGAGUUAUCUGUUUCAAAUCGCACAAAAAUAUUUUUUGUUCAAACAUCUGAGAACGAAGAUCUGAUUGUUCGUCAUGGUUGUUCUAUAGAGGCAGCCGCUCUUCUGCAUCCAAAUGGUCUUAUUCUUGUUUUGAUGAAAGCUCAAUAUGUUAGUCGAAUAAAAGGAGCAUAUUCAAAAUUAAAUUUACAAUAUAAAAAUGUUCAUUUUGUUCAUUUUAAUGAAUCUCAAAUAUAUGCCAAUACACCAUUAGCGAAACUAAAUCAAACAUCUCGUAUACAUUUUAUAAGAUAUUUUGUCAUUAGUCAUAUGUCAGACUUUAUUAGGACAGCUCUGUUAUAUAAAUAUGGUGGUAUCUAUUUUGAUUUGGAUGUUAUUCCGUUAAGAAAAUUCGAUAAAUUUAAAAAUUCUGUUGGAUUAGAAUCACAGGCUGGUGUUAAUGUAGCAGUAUUAGCAUUUGAAAGUGGACAUUUAGCAUUGGAUAUUCAAAUGGAUAAACAAUUGGCAUCAUUUUCUGAUAAUUUUCAAUCGUUAUGUUGGUCAUGUGUGGGUCCAACAGCAUUAUCUGAUGCACUAAGACAUUUAUGUGAUGGUAGUGAAUUACAUAUUCAUCAGAAAGAGAAAUGUCACGAUAUUGAUAUUCAUUAUACGUACGCAUUUUAUCCUAUUGCUUAUCAAAAUAUUCCCAUAUUUUUUCAUUCAUCUACAUCUUCAUUAUCCAUCGAAUAUUUGAUUAAAAAUCAGUCGAUUUAUUCCAUUCAUUAUUUUCAUCAUAUGACCAUGAAUCUUGAUAUUGAAUUAAAUUCACCUUUUGCUCAAAUCGCCCAAUCAUUUUGUCCAUCUAUUUAUGAGCAACUGAUAUUAAAACAUAACGAUCAAAAACAUAAAUCAUCAUUUAUUAUGACAAAUAUUUAUAUUAUCUUACUUUGUCUUCUGUUGUCAAUAUUAUGUAUCAUGUUUUCUGUAUUUAUGACCUUUUUUUUACCUACACAGGGAAGAAUGAUCUUUAAUUAUAAUAUUAUUAUUCUAGCUAUCCAAAAAUAUGUUUAA